AUGCGCUUCUCGCCACUUGCGAUCCUCGCUGGGCUGUCAGCUGUAGCUCUGGCCGAAGAGGAGAGGAACCCAGUGACCGACCCUACGACUUUUAACGGAAAGUCAGUACCGCCAUUCAAGGAGCUGACACCAUCAAACUGGGAGGAGGAAACAAAAAAGAAUAAGUUCUGGAUGGUCAAGCAUUACAGCCCGUACUGUAAGCACUGCACGAGAUUCGCUCCAACAUUCCAGACACUCUACGAAUUUUACUACACCUCGAAGCCCCCGACCGAAAACCCCGACGACACUUUCACAAAGUACUACGAUUUCGCAUUCGGAACGGUGAAUUGUGUUGCCUACUAUGAUUUCUGCAUGGACCACAACAUUCAGUCAUACCCGACGACGAUUCUCUACGAAGACGGAAAGGUGUUCGACACGCUGCGAGGAAUUAAGAACAUGACAGCGUUGACCACCUCAGUCGAGAAUGCGCUUUCCAAAACCCAUCCAGGACGUCCUGCACUCGUGGAGUUGCCUCAGCCUGGUGAUACUGUGUACCCUGCGCCCAAGGCUGAGGAACCAGCCGCCGAGAAGAAAGUGGAGGGAGCUCAGGGAGAUGCUAAGGCUCCUGUGGAAAAGCCCGCCGUUAACGCCGAGAAGCCUCUUGACGCCGCUGCUGAAAAGCCGGUUGAGGAGCCAGCUGGUAAAAAUGCGGGCAAGUCUUUGGACGACAUUACCGAAUCACCCAAGGAUGCAGAGAAAUCCGAUAAGACCGAAUCAACCGAGAAGAAGCCUGAGGAAUCUGCUGCUGCUAAAGAGGAAAACAAGAACACGUUUGGCGCUGAUUGGAAGGUCCCAAGCACAGGCCAGAUGCUGAAGAAGACCAAGCCCAAGGAUACCACUCCUAAGUACAAUCUGGAGGGUACAAGUGUGCCUCUGACCCCUGAAAACUUCGACAAGUUGGUCACAAGCUCUAAGGAUCCCUGGUUCAUCAAGUUCUAUGCUCCCUGGUGCUCUCACUGCAAGGCUAUGGCCCCUACAUGGCAGCAAUUAGCCAAGAACAUGCAGGGAAAGCUCAACAUUGGUGAGGUCAACUGUGAGGCUGAUCACAAGCUUUGCACACAGAUGGGCGUCAAGGCAUUCCCUACCAUCUAUUUCGUCACAGGCACCGAAAAGGCUGAAUACAAGGGUCUUCGCGGAGUUGGUGAUUUCGUUGCAUACGCCGAGGGCGCUCUUGAGGUUGCUGGUGGCGUUAUUGAUGUCGAUGCCGAGAGCUUUAAGGAGCUCGAGAAGACUGAAGAGGUUCUGUUUGUCUACUUCUAUGAUCACGCAACUACUACGGAGGACUUCAAGGCACUGGACGCCCUCCCGCUCAACCUCAUUGGACGUGGCAAGAUUGUCAAGACAAGUGACCAGGAGCUUUGCUCUCGAUUCAAGAUCACAACUUGGCCCAGACUUUUGGUUUCGCGCGAGGGACGUGCCACUUACUACACCCCUAUCACUCCUGAUGAGAUGAGAGACGUCGAUUCCCUCACCUCCUGGAUGAAGUCUACUUGGCUCCCGCUUGUCCCUGAGAUGACUGCUAUUAACGCCAAGCAAAUCAUGAGCCACAAGCUGGUUGUGCUUGCGAUUCUGAACCGCAAUGACGAGGACCGUCUACAAAACUCCAUCUCAGAGCUCAAGAACGCGGCCAACGAGUGGGUUGAUCGCCAGGUGCAGGAAUUCCAACUUGAGCGUAAGAAGCUUCGGGAUGCCAAGCAGAUGAGAAUCGAGGAGGCUCAGAGCCGUGACGAUCAGCGUGCCCUUCGUAAUGCCAAGGCCAUCAAGAUUGAUAUGGACUCUACCCGUCGUAAGGAGGUUGGCUUCGCUUGGGUUGAUGGUAUUUUCUGGCAGAGGUGGAUUGCCACUACGUACAACAUUGACGUUCGAGAUGGGGAGCGUAUCAUUAUUAACGAGGAAGAUCGACACCAGUUCUGGGAUACUACCCCUACAGGUAACCAGAUCAUGGUUAGCCAUACCUCUAUCAUGGACACUCUUGACAAGAUCGUCUACGGCCCCAACCCAAUCUCCCCCAAGUACACUAUCGGUACUUUGGCCAAGUUCUUCUUCGACAUCAAGAUGAACUUUGUCGACCACCCAUUCCUGUCAAUUGGAUUUGUGAUUGCCGUUUGCUUUGGUCUCUACUCUUGGAUCCGCAACCGUACCAGACGGUCUCGCGGCACUUUCUUCCGCAUGGACGACUCCCUUGGUCUCAAGGAUGGUCUUCUAGGACAGAACGAGGCUGCCUGGACUUUACCAGCGCCAACAGCUCUCGCUAUCGUUGCUCCUAGAGCUAUAAGCGUAUUGGCAAGGAUGGUCGGGCAACUGGAAUCUGUCCUGCAGUACACAGGCAUGGCGAUCGACGCCUAUGCGGAUAAGACAAGUAAUGGAACCAUUGGCGCUGGGGUCCAGUUCAACUGCUCGAUCGCGGGUCUGACGACAGUCGCAAGUCGAGAGCGAAAUCCAGCAGCAGAUAUGCUUCUCCCCAAUCUACUAACCAAGCUGGAGCCUCGCGUCCGGAAUGAGACCAUCACAACUACCGUCGCGACCACAUACACGUCAGACGACUUCUACCGAGAACAUCGAGAGUGA